AUGGCAACUCUGCAUACGGAAAGCACCAUAUUUGGGCAGCUCGUGCGGCGACUCACUGGCGGCAAGGUCUUCCUACAUGCCGAAGAGAGGGACCCGAAUCUGUUGCAGUCGGCGUCGUCAGCAUGGGCAGUUCAAGGCAACAAUCUCGAAAGUGCGCAUGAACGACAGAGACUUGAUGGCUCGGGACACCAGUCGUCCCCAACCUCCAGGAACCACAGCGCACCAAACUUCGGUGAUGGCUCGCGCGCCCUCAUCGUGGACUGGUACAGCCGAGACGACCCAGAGAACCCACAGAAUUGGUCAAAUGCACUGAAGCACUCCUUAAUGUUCCAGAUCUGCCUGCUCAACUUUGCUGUCUACAUUGCCAGCUCCAUCUACGUGCCCGGCGAGCCAGACCUGAUGGAGGAGUUUGGCGUCAGUUCCGUCGUAGCCACCCUGGGACUGUCACUGUUCACAAUCGGCUACGGCACCGGCCCCAUGCUCUGGUCGCCGCUUUCCGAGAUGCCCCAGCUGGGCCGGACUGGCAUAUUCUUCUACACUCUCCUCGCCUUCAUCGUAUUCCAGCUCCCCGUCGGCUUCGCCCCGAACAUUACCUGCUUCCUCGUCUUUCGCUUCGUCACCGGUUCCUCUUAUCUCGUGCUCUGGUCGUCUGCGGGCGUGAUGGGCCCGGUAUUUGGGCCUGUGAUCGGCGGGUUUUUAGCACCUGCCAUGGGCUGGCGCUGGACGAUAUGGGUCUUUACAUUUCUUUGCAUCUUCGUGCUCGGGUUGAUGUUCUUCUUCCUCCCCGAGACGAGCGGGCCCAAGAUCUUGCAUGAUCGUGCCCGAAGACUGCGCAAGGCCACCGGGAACCCGAACUUUAUGACAAAGGCCGAGCUCGAGGCCGGCCACAGCACGAGGUCUCACUGGGGGGAUAUCAUGCGACUGCUGGCGAGGGCGUUCACGCUGACUUUUACGGAACCGAUCAUCUUUCUCGUCGAUCUGUACGCUGGCCUGCUGUAUGGCGUACUUUUCAUCUGGUUCGAGUCCUUUCCAUUGGUGUUUGGCGAGAUCUACCACUUCACUCCACAACAACAGGGGCUCGUAUUUCUAGGCAUCCUUGUCUUCACCGCGAUAUCCGUACCCGCGUUGCUCUGGUGGCUCAAGACCAGAUUGGUCCCUCGCGCCACCGCCGAGGACAAGAGUAGUCGGUUCAAACCGGAGGCAGUCCUCCCUCCAGCAUUCAUCGGCAGUGUCAUCCUCCCAGCGUGCCUGUUCUGGUUCGGUUGGUCGUCCCGCCCUGACAUACACUGGAUCGCCCCUGUCAUCGGCUCAGGGACGUUUGCCGUGGGCAUUGUGACGCUGUUCAACUCAGUUUACAACUAUAUCGGCAUCAUCUACGCGCAAUAUGCGGCGUCGGUGUUUGCGGGCGCAGCUUUGUUCCGGGCGGGGAUGGGGGCCGCGUUUCCUCUCUUCGCACGCGCUCUGUUUGAGAAGCUGGGCGUCGGCCCGGGGAACUCGCUUUUGGGCGGCAUUGCAGUACUGUUUGUCCCCGUGCCUUUUAUCUUUCACCAGUAUGGCGAACGAAUUCGGCGAUGGAGCAAGCACGCAGAUUGA